AUGUCCGGUGCCUCUCAACGGGGGGUAGCAACCAAAGCGGUGCAAGCCGCAGUAGCUGCUACUUCACAAGGCUCGACAGCUCGAGAGCUCGAUCUGCCGCCAUCGUCGAGCAAGAAUCCGAAGUCUAAAGAUGGCGGCACCAUCGCAUCCGUCUUUGCGUCCCUGUCUGGAGAAGGCGAAGCGAUACUUCCUGAGCGCUUCGCUGAGCUCAAGAGGUCCAUCAUCCGCUCACCUCAACGCGCUCAACUGCUCAAGAAGGCUUUCGACGAAGUGCUGGUGUCGCUCGACAGUGAAUUGAACAAGGUCAUCCAGCACGGCAACAGACUUGUCCCACAGAUUCAAUAUCCCGGAGACGAAGCUGCCAAUCUGCCCGUGCACAAGUGGCUGGACGCUGAGCAGCUCAGAGCAGUCAAGAAGAGAGGCAGCGUCAUCGUCAAAGGCGUCAUUCCUGAGCAGACUGCGCUUGUGUGGAAGGAACACAUUCGCGAUUAUGUCCGAGCCAACCCUUCGACCAGAGGCUUCCCAGAUGACAAUCCUCAAGUGUUCGAGCUGUACUGGUCUCGAGCACAAUUAGCAGCCCGUUCUCACCCUUCCUUCCUGGCUACCUCUCGAGCUUUCCUCUCCCUCUUUCAUGCUCCAGCUCAAAAGACACGGUCUACUUCCGCGUCAGCGCAGCCGCCUACCUCUCUGACCGCCAGCAUACGCACUCCGUUGACCUACGCGGACAGGUUGCGCAUUCGUCUCCCUGGCGACUCCGCUUUCGCCCUCGGUCCUCAUAUCGAUGGAGGUGGCAUCGAGCGGUGGGAGUGCCCUUCCUUUCGAGGUUGCUGGAGCAAAGUGCUAGGUCCAUCUGAAGGCGGAGACCUCGAUGUAAAUCAGUCACAACGAUUGGCUUGGGAGGAACACGAUAGUUGGAGCCUCGGGCCAAACGGAGAGAGGCUUAGCGCAAGAACGGACAUGUAUGAUGGGCCAGGCCAGUGCGGCGUCUUUAGACCUUGGCAAGGUUGGCUCAGCAUGAGCCGUACUGCACCAAGCGAAGGCACGCUCAAAGUGCUCCCGCUGCUAAAGGAGACCACCGCAUACAUCGUCCUUAGACCUUUUUUCAAAUCUAUCAUGCAGCCUGGAGAUGUAGCUGCCAAGAACGCUGAUGGAUCGUGGUCCUCGGCAUACCUUUCGCCUGAGAACUGGAAGCUGGACACUGAGUCUAGCGACUUUCCCGGCUGCACGCUGGGUCGCAACAUCGAGCUCAACGGAAAUACGCACCCGCAUCUGAAGCUGGACCGAAGCAUGCUCAGCAUUCCUGAAGUUGGCCCCGGUGAUGUGGCUCUUUGGCAUUGCGACCUUGUGCAUGCUGUCGAGGCGCAGCACACGGGCGCUCCGGGCAAAGACUCGAGCGUCAUGUACAUACCUGCUAUUCCUCUGACCAAGAUGAACGCUCAAUACGUGGCGAGCCAAGCAAACGCAUUCCGAGCUGGCAUUCCCCCAUCCGACUUCCCCGGAGGAGCUGGUGAAACGUCGUUUGUCGGUCGAGGCAGGCCAGAGGAGGUCAAGGGAGAAGAGGCGCGCGCUGCGAUGGGUCUGGGUCCCAUUGCUAUUCGCAAAGAUAUGGGCCAUGCCGAGCUUGAGCUGGUUCGAGAGGCGAACGCAUUGUUUGCGAACGCCGCCAAGUCGUGAUAUCCCAUUCCGUCACGCCGAUGUUGCUUGUACUUGUGCCGUAUGCUGCUCCAGAUGCAAAUUUGCAUGCGCUCACUGCAGUCUCCCUG